GUGGCGGUGACGUCCCGGGCCGGGCCGGGCCGUGCCGGGCGGCGGGGGCGGUGCAGAGCAGCGCAGCAGCGGCGGCAGCAGCAGCAGCAGCCGGGCUGGCAGCGAGCGGGGCGCCGAGCGCAGCAGCACCACCUCCACCAGCAGGAAAUACUGGAUAGAUCCCACAAUGGAAGACGGGAAGCCCGUUUGGGCUCCACACCCAACUGAUGGGUUUCAGAUGGGGAUGAUUGUGGACAUCGGCCCUGACAACUUAACUAUUGAACCUUUGAAUCAGAAAGGCAAAACUUUCCAGGCUGCUAUCAACCAAGUGUUUCCUGCAGAGGAGGACAGCAAAAAGGAUGUGGAAGAUAAUUGUUCCCUGAUGUAUUUAAAUGAAGCCACUCUCCUUCACAAUAUCAAAGUUCGGUACAGUAAGGACAGAAUUUACACCUAUGUAGCCAACAUUCUUAUUGCAGUGAAUCCAUACUUUGAUAUACCGAAGUUUUACUCUUCAGAUACUAUUAAAAAGUACCAGGGUAGAUCGCUGGGAACAUUGCCACCACAUGUUUUUGCAAUUGCUGAUAAAGCAUUCCGUGACAUGAAAGUGCUUAAGAUGAGUCAAUCCAUCAUAGUCUCUGGAGAAUCAGGAGCUGGCAAGACUGAAAACACUAAAUUUGUUUUGAGGUAUUUGACAGAAUCCUAUGGCAGUGGGCAAGAUAUUGAUGAUAGAAUUGUAGAAGCAAAUCCCCUAUUAGAAGCUUUUGGAAAUGCAAAGACUGUUCGCAACAACAACAGCAGUCGUUUUGGGAAAUUUGUUGAAAUUCACUUCAAUGAAAAGAACUCGGUGGUUGGUGGAUUUGUGUCACACUACCUUCUGGAGAAAUCUAGGAUUUGUGUGCAAGGCAAAGAAGAGAGGAAUUAUCAUAUCUUUUACAGGCUUUGUGCUGGUGCUCCAGAAGACAUUAGGGAAAAGCUGUAUUUAAGCUCUCCUGACAACUUUAGGUAUUUAAAUCGAGGCUGUACCAGAUUCUUUGCUAACAAAGAAACAGACAAGCAGAUUUUGCAAAAUCGCAAGAGUCCUGAGUAUCUUAAAGAAGGUUCCUUGAAGGAUCCACUGUUAGAUGAUCAUGGAGACUUCAACAGAAUGUGCACAGCAAUGAAAAAGAUUGGACUGGAUGAUGAAGAAAAACUUGAUCUUUUUAGAGUAGUGGCUGGCGUCCUUCACCUUGGAAAUAUCGAUUUUGAGGAAGCUGGGAGUACUUCAGGGGGCUGCACGCCGCGCGCGCGGAGCCAGGCGGCGCUGGAGCGCUGCGCGGCCCUGCUGGGCCUGGACGAGGACGACCUGCGCGGAAGCCUCACCUCGCGCGUCAUGCUCACCACGGCAGGGGGCGCCAAGGGCACGGUCAUCAAGGUACCGUUGAAGGUGGAACAAGCAAACAAUGCUCGUGAUGCCUUGGCUAAAACUGUGUAUAGUCAUCUGUUUGAUCAUGUAGUGAAAAGGGUAAACCAGUGUUUUCCAUUUGAAACUUCUUCUUUCUUCAUUGGAGUUCUAGAUAUAGCUGGUUUUGAGUACUUUGAACACAACAGUUUUGAACAAUUCUGUAUAAACUACUGUAAUGAAAAACUGCAGCAAUUUUUUAAUGAAAGAAUUCUGAAAGAGGAACAAGAACUUUACCAGAAGGAAGGCCUGGGUGUUAAUGAAGUUCGUUAUGUAGAUAAUCAGGACUGUAUAGAUUUGAUUGAAGCAAAAUUAAUAGGUGUACUGGAUAUUUUGGAUGAAGAAAAUCGACUUCCCCAGCCAAGUGACCAGCAUUUUACUUCAGUUGUGCAUCAAAAACACAAGGACCAUUUCAGGCUCUCGAUUCCUAGAAAGUCUAAAUUGGCUGUUCACAGAAAUAUCAGAGAUGAUGAAGGCUUCAUUAUCCGACACUUUGCAGGAGCCGUAUGCUACGAGACGAUGCAAUUUGUGGAAAAAAACAAUGAUGCUUUGCACAUGUCUCUUCAAUCUCUUAUAUGUGAAUCCAAGGACAAGUUUGUUCGACAGUUGUUUGAGGCCAACACUAACAACAACAAGGAUCCCAAACAAAAAGCUGGGAAACUCAGUUUCAUCAGCGUGGGUAACAAAUUCAAGACUCAGUUAAAUUUGCUUCUUGAGAAGCUUCACAGUACUGGGUCGAGCUUUAUUCGCUGUAUCAAACCUAAUCUAAAGAUGACAAGUCACCAUUUUGAAGGAGGACAGAUCCUCUCUCAGCUUCAGUGUUCAGGGAUGGUGUCAGUUCUGGAUUUGAUGCAAGGUGGUUUCCCAUCACGAGCUUCAUUUCAUGAACUCUACAAUAUGUACAAGAAAUACCUGCCUGAAAAAUUGGCUCGACUGGACCCUAGGCUUUUUUGCAAAGCCCUAUUUAAGGCCCUGGGACUGAAUGAAAAUGAUUACAAAUUUGGACUAACCAAGGUGUUUUUUAGACCUGGCAAGUUUGCAGAGUUUGAUCAGAUAAUGAAGUCUGAUCCGGAUCACUUAGCAGAGCUGGUUAAACGAGUGAAUCGCUGGCUUAUCUGCAGUCGUUGGAAAAAAGUUCAAUGGUGUUCUCUCUCGGUGAUUAAAUUGAAAAAUAAGAUAAAAUAUCGAGCCAGUGCCUGCAUUAAAAUACAAAAGACUAUUCGUAUGUGGCUUUGCAAGAGAAAGCACAAACCACGCAUUGAUGGCCUGAUAAAAGUACGUACACUAAAGAAGAGACUUGAUAAAUUUAAUGAAGUAGUAAGUGCUCUGAAGGAGGGGAAAGCAGAGACAAGCAAGCAGGUCAAGGAGUUGGAGGAUUCUAUUGAUGCUUCAAUGACCAAAAUUAAGACCACUAUAAUGACUAGAGAACAGAUACAGAAAGAAUAUGAUGCUUUAGUUAAAAGCUCAGAGCAGCUUCUGAGUGCACUGCAAAAGAAGAAGCAGCAAGAGGAUGAAGCAGAGAGGCUACGACGCAUCCAGGAGGAAAUGGAAAAAGAAAGAAAGAGACGUGAAGAGGAAGACCAAAAACGAAGGAAGGAAGAAGAGGAAAGACGCCUGAAAUCUGAGAUUGAGGCAAAGAGAAAACAGGAAGAGGAAGAGAGAAAAAAGAGGGAAGAGGAAGAAAAGCGUAUUCAGGCUGAAAUUGAGGCUCAGCUAGCUAGAGAACGAGAGGAGGAAACCCAGCACCAGGCAGUGCUUGAACAGGAGCGUCGUGACCAUGAGCUUGCAAUGAGAAUUGCCCAGAGCGAGGCAGAACUCAUCAGUGACGAAGCUCAGCUCGAUUUAGGAUUGCGCAGAGCCAAUGGAACAAAGCCACAAAUGACUGCGGAACAAAUGGCCACAGAAAUGUCAGAAAUAUUGUCUAGGGGUCCUGCAGUGCAAGCCACAAAAGCUGCUGCUGGUACUAAGAAGCAUGAUCUCAGCAAGUGGAAAUAUGCAGAGCUUCGUGAUACAAUCAACACAUCCUGUGAUAUUGAACUCUUGGCAGCUUGCAGAGAAGAGUUCCACCGAAGGCUAAAGGUGUAUCAUGCUUGGAAAUCCAAGAAUAAGAAACGCAAUGCAGAAACAGAACAGCGUGCUCCUAAAUCAGUCACAGACUAUGAUUUUGCACCAUUUUUGAGCAACUCAACACAACAGAACCCCACAGCCCAGCUACCAGGCAGACAACAAGAGAUUGAAAUAAACCGGCAGCAGCGCUACUUCCGCAUUCCCUUCAUCCGCCCCGCGGACCAGUACAAAGACCCCCAGAACAAGAAGAAGGGGUGGUGGUAUGCACACUUCGAUGGGCCCUGGAUUGCUCGGCAGAUGGAGCUCCACCCUGACAAGGCACCCAUUCUGCUUGUAGCGGGUAAGGAUGAUAUGGAUAUGUGUGAGCUUAACCUUGAAGAGACUGGCUUAACCCGAAAGCGAGGUGCUGAAAUUUUACCGAGACAGUUUGAAGAAAUUUGGGAACGCUGUGGAGGCAUCCAGUAUCUCCAAAACGCAAUUGCAAGCAGACAAGCUCGCCCCACCUAUGCUACGGCGAUGCUGCAGAACCUGUUGAAAUAACUGGGCGGUCGGCACAGGAGCGCUCCAGAUGAGAGCCUUGCCCGCGACACAAAGGGAAGAGCUGCUCUGUGCUGCAGAGGGCCUAAACAUUCUGUAAUCAGAGUAGAGAUGUUUAAUAUAAAGUGAACAGAUUUUAUUAAUCAUGUGGUUUGUUAAUUUGUACUUCAUGAUGUUUAAUUUGUGUAGUGAACUUUACUAGGUAUGAGGACCCAGUAGAAACUUCAGUCAGUGUAGUUGGCUGCAUUUUGUUUAUAUGUUGCAUUUUCUUUAACAGUUUCUGUUAUAACUCUUAACACUUUUAAGCAAUCUGUCUAUACUUGGGUACAUAUUGCAAAGAACUGCACUGCAACCACCUGUUUGUAAGAUUCCUUCUUUAAAACAUUGAGUAGCUGGCUUCAAGUGGUGGCCUAGUAAAGAGAAUAUGCUAUUUCUAAUAACUGGAAUUGUGAGGCCUUAGCUUUGACUUCUGUUAUGGAGAAGUUGGAGUGUACUUUUUUAUAAUCUGAGACAUUUUAUGUCCUGAUUUGCAAACUGGUUAGUGUCUGUAUUUAAUGAUUUUUGUUUUUCCAGAAACUGAUGGGAAAUCCUCCUGAACUUGAGACCUAUAAACCCCUGUUUAAUUCAUUCUCUGUCUUGGUUUAAGAGAAACGGUUUUCUGUACAUUACAAGAAAAGCAUUCAUAUUCAUCAAAAUAGUAUAAUAUUGGAGGUCCUCAAAAGAAUGUACUGCUCUUUAGGGCUUAUACCACUUCUCUUACAGAUUUUUUUUUCCUUUCUUUUUAGUACAAAUCUGCUUUAGACUUUAUUUUUCUGACCACAUUUCUAUUAGCAAUUCUUGGACAGUUUGUUUAGCCAGGUAGUGUAAUUUCAACAUAUUACACAAAAUUGUCCAAGCUUUGUAUCUGAAGGUAUAUACGAUUAAGGAUAGCAUUAAGGGAAAUAUGUUCAGCUUUUUGCUGGCAGUAUAACUUAACUGAAUACUGUGGCCUGAGCCUCAGAAAUCCUCUUUAUUUUAACUGUAAUGAGAUAUACAAGAUCUAUAACUUUUGUUAGACUGUGUAAAAAAUUGGUCCAAUAACAUAAUGCAUCUUAAUACUAUGUGCUGAUGAAAUAGCUACAAUUUUUAGUGUACUGGAAUAUCAUAGUGAUUUGGAUGCUGAGCUGUAUAUUAAUCUCCUCUAUCGAGUUUCACAGCUUGUAACAGUCCCCUUAUUAAGCCAUUUGUUUAAGGAGUUUUUGUGGGUGGGAAUCAUUAAUUUCAUACAGUUAUAAGAAGCAUCUCUUUCACUUAUGUGAACAUUGCUUUAUCUUGCUGGCCAUUAUUUCAACAAAUUAAACAUGACCAUUUGUUACCUCUCUGAUAGAAAUCCAAAAUAUAAGUAGCUUGAUGUCCAAUUACAUAGCCUGAUUUAAAAAUUUUUUUUCCCUUUUUAAUUGACAGUUUGCUUACAGUAUGAAAUAAUUUCCACACUCCUUGGAGCAUGAAACCUUUUGGAAAUGUUCAUUUUAAAAUGCGUAAAUAUACUUCAUUUAAAAGAGGGGUUAUUGUGUAGCACAGAGAAAGCUCCUUGCUGACCUUAGACUGUGGUUGUGUGCCACAGUCUGCUUGUUGCUAUAAAUGCACUCCUUAUGGGAAUAAUGUGUAGAUAUUCAAGUGGUAUUUAACUCUUUACACACCCACUGCAACAGGGAAUCUUAGCUUCUGCUGUAGACCCACUCUAUACUUCCUGGUCAUGUGAUUGCAAAUGAGAAAAUUAUUUUCAUUUUACCCAAAUUCUUCAUUGAAACAGUUGUUUUUGGCCGGAAUAUGAAAGGAGAAGUGCCUCAGACUGCUGGCUGGAAAGUUGUGUGCAAACCUGUACAGUGUUGCAUGAGUUUAAAGGUGCAGCUUAUAAAAUGUAGAUUACUUGUUUAAUGUGCUGCUGUAUUGGAACCAAAAUGUGACAACUUCCAGUCCCCAAACACUUAGCACUGCAAGAAGCUGUGCUCAUUCAUGUGACCCAAGGAAGAAAAGUCACUGACAUGACCUGUGUUUGUUUCUGUCUGGGUUUAGCUGCUUGACUUAGCACAUUCCACCUCAGUGUAUAUAUCUCUAAAAAUCCAUGGAUCUUAUGAGACUGAAUGCUCUAAGCAAAGACCCUCAAAUGCUUACAUGUGUGUGGGUAUAUACACACAUAUGUGCUUAAAUAUUUUAGUAUGAAUGUGUGUAAACAUACCUGCAGGGAACUUUAAAUAAAAUUAACUGAAUUUUUCCACUCUGUUCCUUCAGUCAAGUCAGGAUUUCCUUGACUGGCAUUGGAAAGAAAAUUUAUUCAUCAGAAUGGGGUGUAUGGAAAUUUUUCUUUACUAAGUGACUAACAAAUAUGACCUAUCAUGAAAAUAAAAUGGACUUCAAAAUAGUGGAAGAGGGUCUGGUGGCUGGACGUCUCAAAUGAUAUGUUCCCACCUCCCAGCAUUGCUCCAGAAGUACACCUGAUGGAAGCAGAAGAUGCAUUCCAGAAAUCAGGGUAUUCUAGUUUGCACAUUAGCAGGCUGCUUUUUUUUCCCCCUUUUUUUUUCACUCCACACCAAAAGCAGCUUUUGCUCUUAGUUUUACUUAUCUUUUUGUGAAACAAAAUUAAUUUUUGGUUGGUUUCAGAUUAUUUUAUUUUUUUUACAUGUCUGGCAAUAUUUAACUGCCUACCAAUUGUUUCCAUGGUCCCUUGUAGUGUGUCAGAUAAUUUUAGUUGGUUGAUUUAGCGAGGAAAUAUAAAAGGAGGGAAGAGGGUUGAUCUUUAGGAAUGUAGGAUGACCUGAUGCCUAUCUGAUUUUUAAUCAUAGAGAAAAUUAUAGAGGUUUUUAAAGCCCAAUUGCUUGGUUCUUUGUGUGUUUCAUUAAAAAAAAAAUCUUCCUACCUGUCAGUGAAACUGUCCAUUAUAGUUGAGAUUGCCUAAAAUGCUCCACAAAACAGGAUAGGAAAAGAAUCACCACAAUAAGCUACAUUCCUGACUAGGUGACCCAGGAAUAUUAAUUUUCUUGAGAAUGCUACUCUGAAGAUCCUUCAAUACUGACUCGGAAGGUCAUUCAAUACUUGUCUUUUAUCCACUGAUGAGAUUGUGUUUUUCUUUACCUAGUUGAAUCCUCUGGGUUUUUCUUCAAAAAACUUUAUUUUAAGUAUUUAAAUGACCUCUUAAUACUGUACUGAAAAUUAAAAAUAAAAAUAAACACAUUCCAUGUUGAAAUCUUA